AUGAAUCAACAUAUUCAACCAGAUUAUGAUCCUAAUCUUCAUGGUGGCAUUUUUCCACUUUAUAUGACGAUUCAAAAUCUAAUACAAGGAGAUCCAGAAUAUGGUAAAUAUUUUUGGUUAGGUAUUUGUUUAUAUGAUGAUCGUGUUCUUAUGAGUUCGUUAUAUGUUAAUGGUGAUAUAGGUACUGGUUCAUUAAUAUAUUCACCAGCUUUUUCAAAUUUUGCUAAUAUUUCUGUUCAUUCUGAACUAACGGGUUUAAAUAAUGGAACAAUUGAAAUAGGAAACCUUAAUUUAAAACAAUAUACUGCACAAAAUCCAAAAUCUUAUGAAUUUAAUUGUGAUGGUGAUGCAGAAGGAUGGAAACAAAUAUCUGAUUUACGUCAAUAUACGAAUAGUUCAUGGAAUGGAAUAUAG